GGGGCUGCGAGCCUUCUCUCGGGGGCGCCUCCUUCGUCCCCCCUCCCCCCGGUGAUGCCCCCGCCGCGCCCUUCCCGGGAUGCCGCCCCCUUCGGUCCGCCCGCGCCCCGGGCUUUAGGACCGGGACUCGUCGGCCGUGGCUGGCCCGAGGGCGGCGGGGAGCUGGGGCUCUGCCCCGGAGGGCGGGACGGACCCGCCCCGGCGGCCGAGCAUCAGCGACGGCAGACGUUACUGUUGGUGGGAGACGCGGUGGACCGCCGGGCGUCCUCACUUCCCCCGACUCCGGCCCUCCCCGUGCGGCGCGGGCGCCCCGGCCUCCUCCAUACCCGCUUCUGGCGGCUGCCCGCGAGCAGGUCGAGUUGCAGCAACUUGCCCUGCGGGUCUAGAGGCCACCCUGUGGCUUUCGGAGGGAUGGUCGAGCUGGCGAGGGGAGAGAUAUGGAUCAGAAACUUUCAGAGUUGGUCGAAGAGCUCACAACUUCAGGAGAGCCCCAAUUGAACCCUGAGAAAAUGAAGCAACUGAAGAAAAUUUGCAAGUCUUCAGGAGAGCAGCUUGGCCGCGCCCACCGCCUGCUGAUGGCACAGCUGAGCCAGGAGCACGCGGAGGUCCGCCUGUCCGCCUUCCAGGUCCUGGACCAGCUCUUCGCCAGGUCUCACCAGUUCAGGACGCUGGUUGUUUCCAACUUCCAGGAGUUCCUGGAGCUCACUCUGGGCACCGACCACGAGCGGCCCCUGCCGCCCCCCAGGGAGGUGGCACAGAGGCUGAGGCAGGCGGCCACCCAGGCCAUCCGUGGUUGGAAUGAGAAGUACGGUGCGGCCUAUAAGAAGCUGGCCCUGGGCUUCCACUUCCUAAAGCACAGCAAACAGGUAGACUUCCAAGAUGUGGACGCUCGCACUCUGGCAGAAAGAAAGCGAGCAGAAGAGAGACAGAAGCGCUUGGACAGAAUCUACAAGGAAAGGUCCGAGUGGGCAGCGAGGGAGAUGGAAGAGAUGUCCGCGGAGAUCCGGGACUGCCUCACGGAGCUGGAGAGCUGCUUCCGACUGCUGCUGCCCUUCGACCUCGACCUGGUCCCCGGGGCUGCCUGGUGCCCCGUGCCCGAGAAGGGCGACAGGGACGAGGAGCAGCCCUGCUGCAGCAAAAGCUUGCCCGCCUGCGCACGCCGCCCGGGAGCCGUGGACGCGGGAGGGCCGCCCUCAGAGGACGAGGACAGCGACCCAGAUGGGUUCGUGCGGCGCCACGGGCUGGGCUCCCGGCAGUACACGCUGGACGUGGAGCUGUCCUCAGACAGCCUGAGGGUGCGUGAGAAUGAGGACAACUCGGCCGUCAUCCGUGCGGCCCGGGAUGCGCUCAGGCUCAUCCAGAACAAGCUCCUGCCGGCUGCGUGCUCCUGGGUCCAGCUGUUCACCCGUGCGGGGACAUAUGGUGGGCACUUGGAGGGCGCCAUCCACCUGAAGGCCGAGCUGGAAGCCGCCUUGAAGAGGUCCCGGGAGCUGGACAUCGCGCCAGAGGAGGGCCGCAGUGGGGAGACGGCAGCCCCCGGGGAUGAGGAUGAAGACGAGGACGACUUUGUGGAGGUCCCGGAGAAGGAGGGCUACGAGGCCUGUGUCCCCGAGCACCUGCAGCCUGAGUGCGGGCUGGAGGAAGGUCUGGCCGCCCCAGGCUCGCAGGCGAGGAAGAGGCCUGGGAGUGACAUGGAGGCCUGCGACCCCACCUCUGCGGCUGCCCAGCGGCACUGGCCCCGGCCCCAUGGGCCCCCAGCCUCGCCCCCGAGCCCCAGGGCUCCGCUGGCACCGGAGCAGGCUGCACGGCGGGCGGCAGAGCAGGCCCGGGCGCCUGUCGUCCCCUUUGGGGUGGACCUGUGCUACUGGGGCCAGGAGGAGCUGGCGGCCGGCAAGAUCCUCAAGUGUGACUCGGAGCACCGGUUCUGGAAGCCCUGCGAAGUGGACGCCGAGGUGGAGAGCGCCAGUGUCUCCGAGGCCCUGCGGAGCCGCCGCAUCACCUUCGCAGGGCAGUUCGAGCCUGUGCAGCACCGCUGCCGUGCCCCACGGCCCGACGGCCGGCUCUGCGCGCGUCAGGACCGCCUGAAGUGUCCUUUCCACGGGAAGAUUAUCCCGAGAGAUGACGCGGGACAGCCCCUCAAUGCGGAGGACAGGGCCCGGGAGCAGAGGCAGCAGCUGCAGAGGCCAGCAGGGCGCCCAGACUGGCAGGACCCCGAGUUCCUGCGGGACGUGGAGGCGGCUACCGGGGUGGACCUGGGCUCGUCCAGGCCUGGCGGGAAAGGCAAGGGCAAGCGGCGGAAGCACCCGGGCCUCACCGACCUCAAGCGGCAAGCUGACACGGCGCGCGCGCGCAUCGCCAAGAGAGUCUUUGCCAAGGCAGCUGUGCAGAGGGUGGUCACCGCCAUGAACCAGAUGGACCAGAAGAAGCACGAGAAGUUUGCAAACCAGUUUAACUACGCCUUGAACUAGAGGUCCAGGCCUGUGCGGGGGGUCCCCUGCGCUGUCCGCUCCUCCUCGCUGGGCGUGUGCGCAGAAGCAGCCAUCGUCCAGUGUUUAAUGCGAGGGCCCGGCACAAGAGUCCCGGAGGCGUGGACGUUCCUGCCGCAGGGACCUCGGCCAGCGCUUAGGGCCCGCCCGCCGGGUCGCCUGGGGUGAACGCGGCAGCCUGGCCACCAGGGGGCGUCUUGCACGGCCUGGGCACCUUGUGGCGCAGCUCAGGGUUGCUCAACCCCGAGGACGAGUGCAGCCCCGCCCUGCCGCAGCCUCCUCCGCUCCUCACCGGGUCGCCUGCUGGGCGCUGCCUGGGCGUGGCGCCGCCGCAGCCUGGAGCCCGCCCCCCGGUGCUGUGAGCGCGGCCCCCUCUCAGUCCAGACGGCGCUGCGCUGUGUGAGCGGACCACGCUUACCCUGCAUCGCGGACAUGUGGGUGCUUUGCACUUUGGGAUUACGAUACUGUUGUGACCGUUUGCGUGCAAGUUUUUGCAUGGGCCUGUAUUUUCAAAAUGAGAUGGAUGGGUUGUGUGGUAACUGUGUUUAACUUACUGAUGAACCGCUGAAAUGUUUUCCGAAGCAGCUGCACCACUUACACCCCCGCCAGCGCAUCCGGGUGCUCGUUUCUCCGUGUUCUUGCCACACUUGUCGUCAGUCUUUGUAAUUUUAGCCAUCUUAGUGGGUGUGAAGUGGCAUCUCAUUGUGGUUUUGACUUGCAUUUUGCUAAUGAUGAAUGAUGGUGAGCAUCUUGUUGUUCAGUUGCUAAGUCUCGCCCAACUCUGGGACCCCAGGGACGGCAUCG